GUCACAAGUCCAUACGGGUGUUCAUCACACACUGUGGAAAACACAGCGCGGCAGAAGCUCUUUACCAUGGAGUGCCAAUAUUAGGCCUUCCUAUUACAUUUGACCAACCUCGCACAUGUGCUCGUAUGGCUCGCCGUCAGGAGGGCAUUGUUCUCCAAUGGGAAGAGCUUACAGUUGAAACCAUCGUCAAUUCUGUCUAUGAACUCACCAACAACCACAAAUAUCGUGAUCGAGUGGUAGGUGUGUCAAGGCGGAUGAAAGCACAGAAGGAAACUGGACUAAACCGAGCAGUUUGGUGGGUUGAAUACAUCAUUGAUCAUGGGAAGGAUUACCUCAGGUUUUCUGGUGCAGAGUUGAGUCUGUCUCAAUAUCUUCUUCUGGAUAUAUUGGGAAUCAUUGUUGUACUCACUGCAAUUAUUGGUGGGAUCUUCAUUUUCCUAGCACGUUCAGUUUUGAAAGUAUUUUGGCCAUCAAGUCUUUCAAAGGCUAUUCUGUCUACAGUUUUUACAUAUGUUGUGUACAAUUUAUUACUGUUGGUGCUAAUCACAUCUCAAUAGUACAGACAAAGGAAUAAUACAUGGUGACAUAUAAUUGUUUUAAACAUGUAGGUGUGUGACAAAGUAUGCAAAUGAGUGAAUGAAUAUCUUUGUGUGUGUGUGUGUGUGUGUGUGUGUGUGUGUGUGUGUGUGUGUGUGUGUGUGUGUGUGUGUGUGUGUGUGUGUGUGUGUGUGUGUGUGUGUGUGUGUACUGUCCAGGUAUUGAUUUAAGGAUGAGUUAAUAAAUAGCUCGAAAACUAUCCUUGUUGAUUAAAAAUAUAUGAGUAUGAUAUCAGUUUGACUGGAUAUUACACUUGAUAGUGUGCAUUAACACGGGAAUAUUGUUCAAAUUCAGAAUCUGAAUCUGAAAUCAAGUAUAUGUACAAAUCAAAUGUAUAUGAUAGGCCAGACAUACUACUUAUACACAGCUGGUAAAUAUUACCGGGUACCUCAUGAACUUAAACAACAACUAAGAAUGAUAAUCAGGAAUAACUUUUAUUUUUGACUGGUAUGUUUCUUCCUUAUAAAUGAGUGCUUAUAAAUGAAUGAAAGGUAGUGUGUUCAUAAAAACAAGAAAUUCUAUAAAAUAUUUUCAGUUACCAAUAUUUAGGAAAUAUUGAUUCAUGGCAAAUUACAUUAAUGUGAAAGUCAUUUUUGCUUCAUGUUUUUGAAUAGAAAUGUUUCUGCAUAAUAUCUUCCUGAAUCUUUUGCAUAUAUUUUUAUGCAUCACUGUCUACUCAGGACAAAACUUGUCCUUUUAUUAUUAAAUGGAAACUAUUUGCAUCAUUACAAAAAAAUUUAUUAUUCAUCCCCUCUCUCUCUCUCUCUCAUUCUGCCUGUGUUUCUAUAUGUCUGUCUGUCUGUCUCUGUCUGUCUGUCUCUGGCUUCAUCUCUGUCUCCGUCUCCAUCUCCAUCUCAGUCUGUCUGUCUCUGGCUUCGUCUUUGUCUCCGUCUCCAUCUCCAUCUCAGUCUGUCUGUCUGUCUGUCUGUCUCUCUCUCUCUCUCUCUCUCUCUCUCUCUCUCUCUCUCUCUCUCUCUCUCUCUCUCUCUCUCUCUCUCUCUCUCUCUCUCUCUCUCUCUCACUCUCUGCCCUUUACACACACACACACACACACACACACACACACACACACACACACACACACACACACACACACACACACACACACACACACACACACACACACACACACACA